AAACCCCACAUAUCCUCUCACUUGUACUCAUCUUAAAAUAUGGAAGCAAGAAGAACCCACACCAUGGAGAUCACGAUUAUAUCCGCCGAAAACCUUUGCAUGAACGGGAAGCCACUAAAAGACCACCCAUACGUCGUCGUUCACACGCAGUCAUGCACCAAAUUCUUCACAACGAGGAUGCCAACGCAAGAAGAAGGUGGGAGCAAGAGCACCAACAACAACCCUUCAUGGAACGACAAGUUCAGGGUGGACGAUGGAGACAGCGACUGCAUCACGCUGGAGGUGCAAUGCAAGACGUGGUUCGGCGUUCGAAGCGUGGGAGCUGCGCGAAUAGCGGUUGCUGAUUUUGCGGCGGAGAAAAGCUUGCAGUUGUUGAGUUAUAGGCUUUGGGAUGGGAAGGGUCGGAGAAACGGGGUCAUCAAUUUCUCGGUGAGGGUGGUGGAGAAACCUGCGGAGUCUGAAUCUUUGUGUUCGAUGCAUGAGGCGGAAGCACAGAGAACGAUUGGUGGAAAUGAUGAUUCUAGAGGAAUUGUUACUGGGAUUCCUGUUUUCUGGAAUUACCUUCUCAAUAUUCCAAGAUGAAUAUAUGUAAUUUUUUUUUUCUUGACUAGAAAUGUUUUUUAUUCCUAAGAAUAAAAAAUAAGUAUUAACGGAUUUAUAAUAUAAUCAGUUGAGUUAGACUUUUGAUUAUUCUUGACUAGAUUGAAGUAAGUAGUUUGUAAUGUAAGCAUGUUGAAAAUGGUUUAGUUUCUGACACUAGUUUGUACAAAAACUAAAUUGUAUUUUAUCAAGAGUUAUGUUCA